AUGGACACGGAGCCGCUGCUGCCGACGCACCUCCUCCACCCGCUGCCGGAGCACUCGGAGGUGUCGCACUUCUCCUCCCCGCCCUCCCCCUCCUGCCCAUCCCCGGCCGCCUCCUACAAGGACCGCAUCAUCUUCGGCGCCCACCCGCCGCAGAACCCGCAGCAGCAGCCGCCCCCUCCGCCUCCGCCGCCGCCGCCGCGCUCGCACCGCGCCCACCACCGCCGCAGCAGCUCCAUCGACGGCCUCCACGACCACGACCUCGACCUGCCCUCCUGCUCCUCGUCCCCGCCCUCGCCGCCGUCGGACCCGGAGGACCCUUCCUCCGCAGCCGCCGCCGGCGGCGGCGCGCCCUCCCUCUUCGAGUUCAUCGCCAACGCCGCUGGCGCCCGCACCAACCUCCACCGCUCCCGCACCGCCCCGGCCAUGGCGCCGCUCAGUGCCGUGGCGCUCGCGGCCGCCGCCGCGGCCGGGGACCAGGCCCCCGCGCCGCCCAAGCGCCCCGCCAUCGUGCUGCCCGCCUUCCUCUUCCUGCUCGCCUACCUCGCCCUCGGCGUCGCCUUCUACGCCGCCGCGCCCGCCAACUUCACCUCCUCCGCGGGGCCCACGCACCCCGUCGCCGACGCGCUCUACUUCUGCAUCGUCACGCUCUGCACCAUAGGGUACGGGGACAUCACGCCCGCCACCCCCGCCGCCAAGCUCUUCUCCAUCUCCUUCGUCCUCGUCGGCUUCGGCUUCGUUGACAUCCUCCUCUCCGGGAUGGUCUCCUAUGUGCUCGACCUGCAGGAGCACCUCCUCAUCACCGCGCUCAAGAACCCAACCUCUGCGCGCAAGCACCGCCACAACUACAUCUUUGACAUCAAGAAGGGCAGGAUGCGCAUUCGUAUGAAGGUUGCGCUCGCGCUGGGUGUAGUGGCUGUAUGCGUGGGUGUCGGGGCUGCAGUUCUCAGGAAGGUGGAGAGCCUGGGGUGGCUCGACGCCGUCUAUCUUGCGGUCAUGUCGGUGACCACAGUCGGUUAUGGGGACCAGGCGUUCCAGACACUGGCUGGGCGGCUUUUUGCAUCCGCGUGGCUGCUCGUGUCCACCCUGGCUGUGGCGAGGGCAUUCCUCUACUUGGCAGAGAUGAGGAUUGACAAGAGGCACCGAGCCAUGGCCAACUGGGUGCUGUCCAGAGACAUGACCGUGUCUGAAUUUCUUGCUGCAGAUAUCGACAACAAUGGAUAUGUCACGAAAUCAGAAUUUGUUGUUUACAAGCUCAAGGAGAUGGGGAAGAUUUCUGAAAAAGAUAUCAUGAUGAUCUGUGAUCAAUUCCAGAGGCUGGACACAGGUUACUGUGGAAAGAUUACGCUUUCAGAUCUUCUGGAGAGCCAUCACUCGGUUUCAGAACCCAGGGACAAGAAAAAGGGGAAGAAAUCUUAA